GCGCUCCUCUAUGACGUCACGGCGGCGGCAGCUGGCGGCGGCGGUUGGCCAGGCUGGCCAUGGCCAUCUGUCAGUUCUUCCUGCAGGGUCGCUGCCGCUUCGGCGACAGGUGCUGGAACGAGCAUCCCCGCGGCGGCGGGGGCCGCCCUCACUCAGCGGGUCCCGUCAGAGGAGCCGGAGGAGGAUGGGGUGCCGCUACCCAGAGAUACGCGAACGUCAUCCAGCCUCCUACAUUUAAGCACGGCACGUGGGGUGGCAGCAGUGAUGGAGGAGGAUUCUCUGGCGCCUCCGGUUUUGGAUCACAGGGCGACAAAAGCACGGUCUUCUCACAGAACAGAUUCUCUGCAUUAAGCAGUGCAAACUCUGGUGAUGGCUUCAGUGAUGAAGAACAGAGACUUUUUGACUGUAUAGCAAAAGACAUGGCAAGCUGGGAAUCAUCUAGACAGUGGAUGUUUUCAUGUUACUCACCUAUGAAAGAUAAGCCUAAUGUUUCAGGUUUUCAAGAUUUCUCACCUGAGGAGGUGCGUCUGGAGUAUUAUAAAUGCAGCGCAAACAGUAACACUGAGAACUACAUAAACUCUGUCAAUCAGUUAGUGCAGCAAUGGAGAAACAGGCUGCAAGAGCUGAAGGCUUUAAAUGCCUCAGGAAAAGCAUCCUUGCUAUCUCAGUUAAAGAAUGCAGUCAGUCAACCGUUACCUUCUCUUGGAUUUGGAGGACAGCAAGCCUCAAGCUUUGGUUUUCCAAGCUUUCCAGUGAGCAGCAGCAGCAGCAGCAGUGCUGCCAGUUUCUCCUUUAAAGCAAAUCCCAGUGUUCCAUCUGGAAAUGCUCCAGCUUUUGGGAGCUCUGCUGCCGCCUCCAAUCCCCCUACAUUUGGUGUGAAGUCCUCCCACAGUGCUCCCACUCCUAUUGGGUUUGGCAAUUCUUCAGCUCCAUCUGCAGCCUCUUUCUCAUUUAAAACUUCUGGAACAACCAGUGGCUCUGGAACUUCUGGACUCUCAGGCUUUGGAAAUUCUGCUGCUGCAAACUCUUCAAGCACUGCUCCACUUACAGUUUCUGGAACCCCUAAUGCAGCGACAGGAACUUCUCAGUCAGGUGCAAGCAAUACUUCAGCUGCACAGGCUGCCAGUGCCUCUGGACAUAACGUCACAGCCACACCUUCUGCAGUCCUAAAUGGUAUCACAUCAGACAAGCUAUAUACACCAAGGAGUGAAUUAACAGCUGAAGAGUUGGAACAGUUUGAAGCCAAAAGGUUCACACUAGGAAAGAUACCUCUUAAACCACCACCCGUAGACCUUAUAAAUCUUUAGACCUCGUUUAUUCUGAACAUAAAUGUCUUAGUUGUUGUUCUGUGACACCUCCAAUAAACAAUGUUGUGAUGGAGUAGUGAAUUGGAAUGCUUUCCUCUGACUAAAAUUUUCAUUUAGUCUCUUAA